AUGGACGCCUCCGUCGAAAAAAAAAAGACGGUCGACGCCGGGAUCCACUACCCCGGAGUGCUGUCAUGUAAUUUGUGCGCCGAGAUCUUCCUGGCUCGACUGAUUCCGAUCAUCCCGGUCAGUGUACGAGUCACGCUCAAGCGCCUGACCGGAGACCUGCGGAUCCUGAUCAAGAAGCCCCCUUCGCAGCGCAUUUGGCUCGGCUUCCACGAGCGCCCGAAGGUGGAGUUGGAGUUCUCGCCCCAGCUUGGUGCCCAGGGGGUGGACUUGCAGGUCCUUCUUCGUUUUUUGGAGAAGCUGGUGCUCGAGGUCAUCGACGAGGUGAUGGUCCUGCCGAGCAUGGAGGACUUCUGGGUCCCGGUCAUGUAG